AUGGCGCCCCGCGAAAAUUCUCACGAGCCCUCUGGCACGCCUGUGCCGGUGGAAACGGGAUAUGCCACCCUCGCGCAGCUGAGGGUUGGCGUGAAGGCUUUCGUAGAAAAAGAUGGCGAGAAGCGCAAGGCGGAAAUCCUAAUGAUCCAGACCAGAAGGGGAGAACCGAAAUUUUACGUCCAUUACGAAGAGUUCAAUAAGCGUCUCGAUGAAUGGGUGAACGCGGAUCGCAUCGACCUCGCUCGCGAGGUCGAGUGGCCCGCCCCUGAGAAACCCGACAAGAAGAAGUCUUCUUCCAACAAGAAUGAGAAGACAACCUCAAAGGCAGACCAGAAGAAUCUCAAGCGCUCUCGGAGCAAGCUCGACCGUGAGCUAUCCAUCGCAUCCGAGUCAUCUAGCAGCAAUAUCCCAGGAAAAGCACAGCGACCUACCAAGGCAAGUGGAAAGGAAAACCAAGAGCUGCUCGUCACUACUGAGAUCACCGAUGGCACGACGCCCAAGCCCGAAGAUGAAGAGAUGGACCUCGUGGAUGUACAGGACGCGGCUGCCGCCGCCAAAGCUGUGCCCGAUCAGGCCUACUCCCGUGAAGACGAGAUCGAAAAAUUGCGCACCUCAGGCUCCAUGACGCAGAACCAGACAGAGAUCGCUCGCGUUCGAAACAUCGAGAAAGUCCAAAUGGGCAAGUACGAAAUCGAGCCAUGGUACUUCUCCCCGUAUCCAAUCGACUUCGUUGACGUCGACAUGGUCUACAUCUGCGAGUUCUGUCUAAACUACUACGGCGACGUAACGCAGUUUGAGCGACACCGCUCAAAAUGCACACUGCUCCACCCACCGGGCAACGAGAUAUACCGCGAUGACUACGUUUCCUUCUUCGAGAUAGACGGUCGGAGGCAACGUACCUGGUGUCGUAAUCUCUGUCUCCUGUCAAAGCUCUUCCUCGAUCACAAGACCUUGUACUAUGAUGUCGACCCUUUCCUCUUCUAUUGCAUGGCCACUCGGGACGAGCACGGCUGCCACCUCGUAGGCUAUUUCUCCAAAGAAAAAGAAUCCGCUGAAGGCUACAACGUCGCCUGUAUCCUCACACUCCCACAAUACCAACGAAAAGGCUUCGGCAAGCUCCUCAUCGACUUCUCCUACCUGCUCUCCAAGCGCGAAGGCAAGCUCGGCUCUCCCGAAAAGCCUUUGUCUGAUCUCGGGCUACUGGGUUAUCGUGCCUACUGGCAAGAAAUCAUAGUAGACCUGCUCAUGGACGGGAGGGCGGAAGCGAAUAUCGAGGAUCUUGGGGCGCAGACAGCUAUGACCACGAACGACGUGCUGCACACGCUACAGAAUCUGAACAUGCUGAGGUAUAGCAAGAAUGCGCAUGUGGUUGUGCUGACGGAUGCGGUCGUGGAAGCGAGAGAGAGGCAGAAGGCGAAGGAAAAGAUCAAAGGAAGGAGAGUGAUUGACCCGGAACGGUUGAGCUGGAAGCCGCCAGUUUUCUCGGCGGCGAGCCGCACUUGGAACUGGUAA